GUUCUGGCUGAGCAUAUCAGACGAACCGUUACCAACGCUGGACUUCCUCUCCGCGGCGCUACUAUCCGCUGAGUACGAGAGGGCUCUUGGCCGCGCCCUGGCGAUGCCAGAGUGCAGACUGAUACCAUUUUUUGGAGCUUUUUUAAGAGAAUUAAGAGAAAUCUUGGCGGCAACUCCGUCUCUGACCACCCACUCAGUCGCCGUGACGCCGACGCACAGGAGAGACACCAAGCGCGACUCUGUCAAGGACGACAGAUCCUCAAUUAAAAGAGAUACCAGAAGAGAAAGUAGUAAGAGAGUGGAUCAAGGAACGACCACCAGUCCUCUCCGAGACAGCUGCAAGCGAGAGUCGCGGUACAACGAGACGAGCAGACAAGUGUACAUCGCAUCCUUCGACGAGGAAGGCGAACAGUUUCGAAGGGUCGGGCCCGAGGGUCUGAUGAACUUGGAAAAGGUGUACCGGACGCAAGCGGUGAUGGACCACAUAGCGAGCUUUCACCAGCACCGAUACAGCCUAGCGAGAACAACGGCACCUGUUUUUGGAGAUUACUUGAGAACAGCCAUAGAAUCAUGCGAAGAACCUGUCUUCGUGCAGCCAGCCCAGACGACCGCGGGGUCAGACUUCGAGAACGAAGCGCUCUACGAGCUGGAAGGAGGAGGUUACUGUCCUGUACAACCCCUGCCUCACGACCAUGGCGUCACAAUGUUCCCGCUGGCGCCGCAAAACGGGGAGAGAAUGGACAGGCACGUUUUACAGAUUUUACACCAUGGAACUGCUUGCGUGGUGGGGGAAGCGGAGUGGGGCGGUGCGUUCGCUCAGCUCCGACUAGAGCGAUCGUGCGCUCUGCUCACGUGGAGCCGCACAGCACACCGCCCACAUGCACAACACGGUGAAACCCCAUCAGAGAACGUACAGCAACCUGAAAUUAGCUUAUCAUACAACCCUGAGGAAGUCAUACCGCUAAAAUAUUCCGGAAACUUGGUGCACGAGAAUGAAGCUGGUGUGGUCGGCGAGGAGGGCUUCAUCGACCUUCAAUGCGUGAAGGACAUGCGUCUUGGAGGCAAGCUGCUGGAACCGCGGGAUAUCGCGGAGCUCUGCGCGUGCGCAAAGAAACACGGCCUCGAGACGUGCAGCCAGCGGCCGCACAUCAUAUCAUUAGUGUACGGGAAAACGUUGAGUGAUAACAGAACUGUGCACUUUGUACUGCCGCCAUAUUCUUUUAGGGUAUGGGCAGUCGGUCUCCACUCUGUCAUAAAGGCGUUAAUAAGUCAGACGAAACUCGCAGACCGAAGUCUCGCGUGGCUGAAAAACAAGUACACGGCACUCUACUACGAGGACGGAUGCUGUUGCGAACCACUCGUAUCUGAUGCUAUACGGGUCUUUGGAGGCAGGGAUUCCGUCUGCGACAGCUCGUCACACUCCACGCCAGUCAAAUAUGCAGAGUCUCACACAGACUCGAUAAAGAAUACAGGAAUGAAGUUUAAGAAGAACAAAUCCACGUCCGAAUUGAAGAGUUCCCCGAAGAGCUACAGCUCACACACAUCCGGCACGCGCAGUGACGACGAUGUAGUUCAGGGAUCUCCAAGGCACAGCUCGUACUCGGCCGCGUCGAGCCAGCACUCGUCGUGCGCGCCGCGGCACAGCAGCCUCACCGCCGCGCCCAGCGUGUUCAGCGGCUCCCCUAACCGCAGUAGUUUAAGAAGAUUAGAAACCAGUGAGAGGUUUUGGGAGAAUCUAAAACAUCUGAGGACGGGGUCGGUGGGCUACGACACGCAACUCGACUUCAUGGACUUUGUCGCGUUAUUUCGAAGCUUUAGUCUAGUAAUGAGGUCAGAGUUGCGAGAUGUUUUCGAACAUUUGGCGGUACCGAGAAUGCGGAAUCCACUGCUGGGCGCUGAAAAGAGUCGAAGUUCCCCAGAACUUUUCAGAAGCAAAAAUGUUUUCCGCACUGGGUUACUGACGAGAAAUGGUUCCCUGGACUUAGAACCUCCGAGUGACAAGGCGGGCAGAAAGAAAGCAUUUGAUAUUCUCGCAGCGGCAGCUUUACCAGGAGCAAGUCCGGACGUGAGCGGUCGAGUGUUGUCGCUGCCCACGCUCGGGAAGUUCUGCGAAACGAGACAAAAUGAACCCAAGACUGAACAGCAGCUGAAAGAUAUAAUACAGAGACACGAACCGGACCCAACACUGCGGGCGGAGAACUGCUUCUCAUUCGAGGGUUUCGUGAGAUUCCUCACUGAUAAAGACAAUUACGCAUUCGUACCCGAGCAGCGGAGAGCUAACAAUUUUACGGGGAAAUCCGCAAGUAAUGGGGAAGAUGAUCUACCCAAGGAGCUAUCCCGCGAGAUGACGGGACCCCUCAGCCAGUACUACAUAGCCAGCAGUCACAACACCUACCUCACCGGUCACCAGCUGAAGGGGGAGUCGUCGGUAGAGCUGUAUAGUCAGGUGCUACUGACUGGUUGCCGAUGUGUCGAACUGGACUGCUGGGACGGUGACGAUGGCAACCCUGUGAUCUACCACGGCCACACUUUCACCACCAAAAUACCAUUUCGAAGAGUCGUUGAAACAAUUGCUAGGAGUGCAUUCGUUGCUUCUCCAUAUCCGCUAAUUCUGAGCAUCGAAAAUCACUGCAGUCUCCCGCAACAACAAGUGAUGGCAAGCACUUUUGAGGCAGUGUUUGGAGACCAACUGGUGACGUCGUUCCUGUUCGAAGUGGACUACACGGACGAGCCGCGCCUGCCGAGCCCAGACCAAUUAAAGUAUAAGGUACUUAUAAAGAAUAAGAAGUUGCUUCCGGUGCAGUCCAGCCCAACCAUAGGACUUACUGGAGCAAGUUCCGCGCAAGGCUAUGGCGGCGUGCUCGCCACAGCAUUCAGGACUAAUGGCAUACGUCAAACGAGUUCGUCUCUCCCAGACGCCAGCAACAGGACGAGUUCCAUCAUGUCCAACCAAUCAGCUGGCUCGUCACUCACGGAGUACUUCUCUGAUGAAGAUUACGAUGAAGAUGAUGAAAUUGACGAGAAAGAGUUACACAAAAUCCUAAACGCUCUGGAGGAGAAGGUCGGUCGGACCUCCCUCUCGCUCUACCAGAGUUUUCGUCGCGAUGGAGAAGGAGAACCGUCGGCUGCGUUGAAACACGCUACAAAUAGAAAACGUAGCAAUCAAAUAGCCAGGGAACUCAGUGAUAUGGUCACUUAUGUUCAAGCAAUAAAAUUCCGAGGUCUCAAUCCAAUAUCACCGAGAAGUUCCAUGAAACAACCCAGCAAUGUCGUGAAGGACAACUCCAGUGGCGCCGCUUGCAGCAGCUUCGAGUCCUCGGAGAGUAGUGACAGUACAGGAACACAGCAGCUAGCGGUCAGCAGUCAGCACUCCCGAGCGCGCUGCCUGAACGCCCCCGCCGCGCACCACCCGUGCUACCGCUGCUCGUCCGUCAACGAAGCCAUCGCCAAGAAGAUCUGCAGGAAACAUCCCUUGGCCCUCAUCGCGCACACGGAAACGCAACUUGUCAGAACAUAUCCCGCCGGCCUAAGGAUAGACUCGUCCAACUUCGACCCGGUCACGUUCUGGUCGUGCGGCGUGCAGCUCGUGGCGCUCAACUACCAGACCGAGGACGCGGCGAUGGCGGUCAACGCGGCCAUGUACGAGAGCAACGGCUGCUUGGGAUACGUGAGGAAACCGAGGGUCAUGUGGGACCCGAGCCAUAUCGCUUUUCGACGGUUUAACCCCAUGGAUAAAGAGUUCGAUGGCAUCCACGCAGCACAUCUCACCCUCGCCGUCAUUUCCGGACAAUACGUCGCUGAAAACGUUUACUCCUUCUAUAACGCAUUUGUCGAAGUUGAAAUAUUGGGUGUUCCCGCUGACUGUAGGAAGAUCAAGACGAGGGUCGCCAGAAGAAACGCCUUAAAUCCUAUUUGGAACGAGACAUUUAAUUUUAAGGUGAACUUUCCAGAACUGGCAUUCGUUCGUUUCGAAGUAUACGACGCGGAUACUAAUUAUAUGUUGUCGCAGCGUGUGAUACCGUUACUCUGUCUGCGCCCAGGGUACCGACAUGUGCGGUUAAGAUCUCCGACAAAUCAGCCGUUAAACAUGGCGUCACUGCUGAUAUUCUCUCGCUGCGCGGAAGAGCAGGCGGGCGAGAGUUGUCGCGCGGACGCCGAGCCGACUUCGCCCACGCAGCGCAGGAAGAUACACUUCCUCGUGGUGCACGCCGUGGUGCUGCACGAGCCCUACUCCAUACUCAAAGUGACGCACGACACAACCACCAACGAGGCGAUAGCGCAGUGCCUGUCGAAGGCGGGCGUGUGUCGCUCGGCGCGCGGCAGCUACGUGCUGGUGGAGGAGGUGCCGUCGCGCGCGCCCACGCAGCGCGUGCUGGCGCCGCACGAGCGCGUGCUGCGCGCCGCCACGCAGCGCCCCGCCGCGCGCCUGCUGCUCAAGCGCGUGGGCGACGACCCCAGCAGCAGGGCCUGGCUCACCAGCAUCAGCAGCACCCAAGAGGAGACCAGGAAGCCACCAGACAGCUUCCUGGUCUGCGUCCACAAUGUCUGCCAUGAAAUACCCUACGCUAUAAUGAAGGUACCGCUGACGGCCACGGCGUCCUACGUGGUGUACCAAGCUCUGACGAAGGCGAGAUGUCACGAUAACCCGAAACGAUUUGUGUUAGUGGAGGAGUUGGAAUGGGGGGGCAGAGCUGGUACCGGUCCUCAGCAACGGGCCCUUGCUGAUGACGAGGUGGUUUACGCGGCUCAGGCAAGUUGGAAAACCCUUGGUAGAUUCGUUUUACAAGAGAGAGGUAGCACGGCCCCGCUGCCGAGACACAGAGCGUGCAUCGCGAGGAUACAGCGCGGACUGAGCAUGACCAGGGGCGCUAUCACUGGCACUACUGGUUUUCCUCUCGGCAAUAUCAUAUCGAGUGACAACGUAGCUGAGGGAAAGACGCCAGUACAGACCGCAUACAGCGACCCCACGCACUGCAGAAGAGUCUCGACUUCGCCUUUGGGAAAAGGCAUAGGCCGGUCGAAAGGUCACUCCGACAAAGAUAUCAGUUCAUACGCUCAAAGAAGAACGGGUCCGAGAGAUGGCGAAACGGGAGGCUCGCUGGGCGCUGAGGCAUUAGCGGCUCAGAUGGCGCGCUUCAAGAGAGUCUUCCGCCGGCUUGGUACGAGCCUGGCGAACCAUCGGGCCUCACUAUCAUCAGAACUCGGAUCACUCUGGGACUUUUUCCGCAUCGACAGAGAAAGGCGACGUUCAACCCCCGGUACUUAUGAACCAAUCGAUACCAAAUCACCAGCGAAACUCGCAAGAGACCUGUUCCAAGUUGUCCAAGAAACAGUAUUUUCUAAGAAGUUCGAAGAAAAAAAAUGUCCACUGGUCAAAGAAGAAUCCGACUUGAGUUCAGACGAUGAGGACGCCAGAAGGAAGAAAGAAAGGGCAGUGGGGGGAGCUGCUUCAAGAGCGAAUCCAGUCCUGAAGAAAAGAAAUACGUACCAACGGUAG